AUGCUCCCGGCUGUUGAGGCUGCCAAAAUCUACCACACCAACUACGUGCGUAACGCCCGGGCCGUGGGGGUGCUGUGGCAGGUGUUCACCAUCACCUUCGCCGUCAUCACCGUUGUGGUGUUCAUACAGCCCUACUGGAUCGGGGACAGCGUGCACACGCCGCAGGCCGGAUACUUUGGCCUCUUCCACUACUGCAUCGGGAACGCGCUCACCUCGGAGCUCACCUGCAAAGGGAGCGCGAUGGACUUCGGCUCCAUCCCGUCCGGUGCGUUCAAGACCGCCAUGUUCUUUGUGGGGAUCUCCAUGCUACUGGUGGUGGGCAGCAUCGUCUGCUUCAGCCUCUUCUUCUUCUGCAACGCAGGGAGCGUCUACAAGAUCUGCGCCUGGAUGCAGCUGGCCUCCAGCACGUGCAUGGUGAUUGGCUGCAUGAUCUAUCCUGACGGCUGGGACUCGGAAGCGGUGAAGCGCAUGUGUGGCCAGCGGACCGACAAAUACACUCUGGGCAACUGCACGGUGCGCUGGGCCUACAUCCUGGCCAUCAUCAGCAUCAUGGACUCCCUCAUCCUCUCCUUCCUGGCCUUCAGCCUGGGCAGCCGGCAGGACAAGCUGCUGCCAGAGGACUUCCAGGUGGAGGGGAAAGAUAAUGCUUAGGCCCCCUGUGGACACCGGAGGGAAGAGAUGGACAAGACUUUAUGAGGAGAACUACGGACCCGAGAUUCACACGUACUGCAAGGCUUCAGGACAGUUAAUUACAAUCUUUAAAUAACUCGCCAUAAAACGUUCACCCUGUCCUUGACAUUGUGACAUCUUAUUAACAGACUUUGAAAACAUGCGAGGAGUCACUGUCCACCUCAUGACUUCAUGUCUUGUUAGCCGAUUGCUACUGUAUUUCUACACUAAAACAAGGGAGAGUUAGUGAUGUGGACUUUUUGAUACAGCUCCUUUUUACUUUGGAGAGAAUAGUCAUACAUUUUAUACAAACUCUUACAACUGACACCAUUCAAAUUAAACAUGUUCAUCAUUUGACAUGCAAACUAAUAACCGCGGCGUAUUUAAAGAACCAUUGGGAGUUAUUUUAUUGCCACCUUGUGCUAAGAGUGCAUGGUCAAGUCCAAUAGAAAUAUGCUAAUGCUUUAGUCCUAUUGGUAAUGGUGCACUUCAGCCUCUUGUGGCAGAAAUUGGUAUUACAGCAACACGCUAAAAGUAUCCAUCACAAAAUCACCUGUUCACACCGCUUUGACAUAUGAAGAGCAACAUAAGGAAACUCAUACUUUCUGUACCAAACUGUUCCUGUACAUUAGGCUGGACAUCCUAAUAAAAUACUCUCCUAACUGUUCUCUAAGUAAACUUGGAUCAUGGAUCUGUUAUUGCUUUACUGUAUGGUCCCCCAUUAGAUUCAUAAUGACGUGUGUUAAUACAGACUUUA